GUUGUUUACUUUACAUUUGUGUUUAUUAUUUAUUAAAUCAAAGUCUAUUUUUAGUGAAAAUAAUGUAAGUAAGUCAAACUUAUUACAAUGGGUUCCAAACAAGAAAAUACAUCCAUAUCUUUGCAAAUGGCAAUCGAAUUAAUAAAUCACAUUGAUUUUCAAGUAGAGAGGAAGUAUUAUUAUGAAGCCUUAAAUCGGCGUAGUAAUUUAAAAACCUCAAUGUUAACUCAAAUAGACGCCCCGUGGUCACGAACUUCUUACAAUGGGCUCAUCGAAGCAAUAGAAAAGUGUUUAACUUGGGAAAAACAGAAAGAAAAAGCCACACAACCUACAGAAUUUGACUUUAAGGUGCACUCUUUCUACGAUGUAUUGUAUGAAAAUGGUGUCAAAACGCUCAUUCUCAAAGAGAAAUCUAAAGACAACUCCCUAAUAAAGAUCAAUUAUUAAUGAAAUAAACACAUUGUGUGCUGACUUCAACACAAUAGUUUUUCAAGAUCAGGAUGUGAAUAUUUAUAGGUAUAAUAA